AUGGAUCGAGAAACCAUCAUCGAGGCUUCAAAGAAGCACGAUGUUGUCGCCGGCAAGAAGUUCACCUACGGCACCGCAGGCUUCCGCAUGAACGCAGACCUUCUCGACGGCGUUACCUUCAGAGUUGGCCUGCUGUCUGCCCUGCGCAGUCGCAAGUUCAAUGGCAAGGCUAUAGGCGUCAUGAUCACCGCUAGCCACAACCCUCCCGUCGACAAUGGUGUCAAGAUCGUCGAUCCCUACGGUGACAUGCUCGAACAGGACUGGGAGGCCCACGCUACGAGUCUGGUCAACGCUCCCAGUCAUGAAGACCUUGCCGACAACUUCUUCAAGCUUGCCGGCAACUUGAAGAUCGACCUUGCCACUCCUGGAAAGGUCAUUGCUGGCCGAGACACACGCCCGUCCGGCAUAACUCUUGUCACCGCCCUGGCUGACUCCCUCGCCGCUACCAAGACGGAAUUCGUCGACUUCAAGAUCCUGACAACUCCCCAGCUUCAUUAUAUGAUUCGCUGCAACAAUACCGCAGGUACCCCGGCCUCAUACGGCGAGGGCAGCGAGGUUGGAUACUACAAUAAGCUUGUAGAGGCCUUCUACCGUGCCCUGCAUGGCAGAUUCCAGUGCGGUGGAAAGCUCCAUGUUGACUGUGCCAACGGCGUUGGUGGCCCCAAGCUGAAAGAGCUGCUCAAGAUUCACGAUGCUACAAACAUGGAGUCUGGAUUGGUAGUCGAGGUCCACAACGAUGACGUCCUGCGACCAGAGGUGCUGAACCUGGACUGCGGUGCCGACUUCGUCAAGACCAGACAACGAGCACCGCCCAGUCCCAAGCCUGCAUCGGGAGAGCGUUACUGCUCUCUGGAUGGAGACGCAGACCGCCUAAUCUACUACUGGACUGACAUCAGUACGAAUGGAUUCUUCAUGUUCGACGGUGAUCGCAUCGCAAGCCUCGCUGCUUCAUUCAUCGCAGAGCUGUGCAAAACCGCAGGUAUUGACGACAUUCUCCGCAUUGGUGUUGUUCAGACUGCCUACGCAAACGGAGCUAGCACAAAAUACAUCGAGAAGCACUUGAAGCUGCCUACCAUCUGUACACCGACUGGCGUCAAGCACCUUCACCACGCCGCCACCAGGUUCGAUAUCGGUGUCUACUUCGAGGCUAACGGCCACGGCACAGUCUUAUUCUCACUAGAUGCCAUGCGGUGCUUCAAGACGAGGGAGCCGCAGUCACCAGCGCAAAAGGAAGCCCAGGAAACAUUGAGCGCUUUGGGCGACUUGAUCAACCAGACGGUCGGAGACGCCGUCUCGGAUAUGCUGAUGGUUGAGGUCAUCCUAGCCCACAAGAAGUGGACUCUGAAGGACUGGGCUGUGACAUACGAAGAUCUUCCCAACCGACUCGUUCGCGUUGAGGUCGGCAACAAGGACCUAUUCGAGACCACGGAUGCUGAGAGAAAGCUCAGCAAGCCUGCUGGAAUCCAAGAGGAGAUUGACAGGGAGGUCAAGAAGUACAACAAUGCGCGGUCAUUCGCACGAGCGAGCGGCACAGAGAAUGCGUGCCGUGUUUACGCAGAGGCGGCCACGAGGUCUGAGGCGGACGAGCUCGCCAACAAGGUAGCUCAGAUUGUCCAGAAGUUUGGCAGCUAG